AUGGAUCCUGGAGAGUUCAUCUCUCCCAUGGAGACCAUGGACUCGACUUUAGCGGAAUUAGGGGACGAAUUCACUUUGGGAGACAUUGAUGUCCUCCAGCCUCAAGUGCAGAGCAUCAUGACAUCACCACAGCUGCAGCCAGUCACCAUUCAGCAUCAGCGUGUUCUGACCCCAACAGGUCAGACCAUCCAGACUCUCUCCACAGCGCCCACUGCAGUCCACACCAUGCAGCAGCAGGUGCAACAAGUACCGGUUCUGGUCCAGCAGCCUCAGAUUCUUAAGACGGACUCACUGGUCCUCACGACGCUCAAACCAGACGGAACCCAGGUUCUGUCCACCAUGCAGAGCCCUGGAAUCACCACCCUGACCACUCCCAUCCAGAACACGGCUCUACAAGUCCCGACUCUGAUGAGCAGCAACAUUCUGACCACAGUUCCACAGUUCAUGAUGGGAGGAGGAGACAAGCUGCCCAUCAAGCAGCUCCAGCCAGGCUCUGCCCCCUGCGCUGCCGCCGCCAGAACAAGUAUGGACCAGAGCCUGGUGUCGGCAGGAGCGGCAGGGCAAGGAGUCGUGGUGAAGGARGGCGAGAGGAGGACGACCCACAACAUCAUCGAGAAGAGAUACAGAUCCUCCAUCAACGAUAAGAUCGUGGAGCUCAGAGACCUGGUGAUGGGCAACGACGCCAAGAUGCACAAGUCGGGCGUGCUGAGGAAAGCUAUUGACUACAUAAAGUACCUGCAGCAGGUCAACCACAAACUACGACAGGAGAACCUCUCCCUCAAGAUGGCCAACCAGAAGAACAAGCCUGUGAUCCUGUCCGAAGACGUCGACCUCAAGCAGGAGGGAGUGAUGAUGUCUCCUCCGGCCUCGGAUUCCGGCUCCAGCUCCCCGCACCAGUUCUCUCCGUACUGCGUCGACUCUGAGCCGGGCAGCCCCUUACUGGAUCACCAUCAGGUGAAGAGCGAGCCGGACUCUCCCUCCACGGUGGGAGUGAUGGACCGUUCUCGGCUGCUGCUGUGCGCGCUGACCUUCUUCUGCCUGUCUCUAAACCCACUCCCCUCUUUGCUGGGCUCAGAGGACCCGGGUAGCCGCGGCCUGGCGGCAGCCCACGUCCCCACCAGGACGCUUGUCUGGUUUCCAACUCACACUCAGGACUUCGCUUCUUGGCUGCGCUGCCUGUUGCCAUGGGUGAUUGUGUGGGUCCUGAGUGGGGUGGGGGCGCUGUGGGGCUGCGUCAGGGUGUUGUACCUGUGGGAACCCGUCACACCCCUUCACUCUCCCAAAUCUGUGUCCUUCUGGAGGCACCGCAAGCAAGCAGACCUGCAUCUCAACCGGGGAGACUACACGGCGGCGAUGGCCAGCUUGGAGACGUGCCUCUCCGUCUUGACGAGAGCUCUGCCCUCCAGCGGUCUGGACCUGCUCUGCUCCCUGUCCUGGAAUUUGAUCCGCUACUGUCUGCAUCGCCCGGUGCCUUUCGGCUGGCUGGUCCACCAGGUCGGGGGGAAGCACGAGGGAGAAGAGGCGAGGACGAGCUCGAGAGACGCAGCGUUGGUUUAUCACCAGCUGAGCCAGCUGCAGCUCACAGGUCUGGGGAACAAAGUGAAGCGCAGAAUCGGAUUUGGCCAMUCGGAGACCAAGCAGAUCCCCGACUGCCUGCGCUGGCUCUUCACGCCGCUCGGCCGGCAGUUCUUCCUGAGCUGUGAUUGGUCGGUGAAGUCGAACAGCAGCGAUGAAGUGUUUACUUCUCAAAGAGACCCGGCCGACCCCGUCGCCCAGCUGCACCGCUGCUUCUGCAGGAAGCUUCUGGAAAGAGCUGUUCACACCCUCAUCCAGCCGCAGAGCRACGCCGACGCAGGCGGCUGCAAGAACAACUUGGGUGAAUUCUCCAAUGCUCUGGAGUUCCUGGAGUUGCUGAACAGCUGCACAGAGGACUCUCCUUCUCCACCCACCCCMUUCACGACUCCUCCCUCUCACACCGCCAUUCCAGUGGGCGACCCGGUGAGCCGCUGGUGGGCUCUGGUGCUGAAGGCGGCUGUUCAUUGGCUGCAGGGCGAUGAUGUCGCAGUGAGGUCCCUGUUGGCAGAAGCGGAGCGGAUGCCGAGAGCUCUGCUCAUUCUUGACCACCCGCUGCCCAAAGCCGUUCUGCUGCUCUGCAAGGUGGUCCAGACGAGCCUGUCUCCUCUGAAGGGGGACGGCGUGGCGGCCUGCCUGUCUCACUGCGACCGCUCCAGCAGCUACCUGCGCUCCAGCAUCUCCGUGCCGCCCGGCCCGUCCGGRAACUGGCUCAGCAAGGGGGUGGAGCUUCUCGUUUGUGAUCUGCUGCUGACGUUACGGACCAGUUUAUGGCAGCGAGGAGGCAGCAGCAACGGAGAGCCGGGUCCGGCCCCCGGAUCCCAGCUGGCCGGUUUCCAGAGGGACCUGAGCGCGCUCAGGAGGCUCACACAGUGCUACAGACAGGCACAACACAAGGUUUUCCUUCAUGAGACCACGGUGCGGCUGAUAGCGGGAGCCAGUCCCACCAGGACGCACCAGCUGCUGGAGCACAACCUGCGGCGCAGGACCAACGGCUCGUACUCAGCUGAUGGCGAGUGCGUCGUCGGGGAGCGGGAGCGAGCUCACGCCAUCCUCCUGGCCUGCCGCCACCUGCCCAUGCCCCUGCUGACCCCGCCGGGUCACCGGGCCCGCCUGCUGGCCGAGGCCAAGCGGACGCUGGAGCGGGUGGGCGACCGUCGGUCGGUGCAGGACUGCCAGCAGAUCCUGCUGCGCCUCAGCGGGGGAACCACCAUCGCUGCUUCCUGAAGACAAAAAGAGAGAAACAAAGCUGAAACUUUUGUUUUCAUGCUGAACAAAAAAAACAAACGAACGGAAUAGGGAAAACAGCUGAUGACCUAGGAUUGAAAUGUAUGAUCCCUGCACAUUUUCUAAUUUAUUGUUACAGUGCUACGGCUCCACCGUCUGGACAGUAGUGGUACUGGCAGCCUCCUUUUUAAACCAUCGAAACAAUCAGGAGCUACAUCAGAAUUUAGCUUCUUCAUUCGGAAACGAGCCCACAAAUGGAUCCAGAGGAAACAAUCCAGGUCCAGAGAAACAGGACAACGCAUCACAAGCUGAUGCAGUGCAGAUCAGUUUUAGGAGAUGAAAGUCUUUCAGUCAUUAUCGGCAGGCGGUGAUGAGCGGUUAAAUUGCUGCCUCCUUUUUAAUUUGCAAGCUCCCCAGAGAGCGGAGGAGACCGGCUCCUUUUAACCGUGCAGCGCCGAGUGUUGUGUCGUCUUAAUCUACCUCAAACACUGUGCAGUGGCAGCACUGUUCCACGCAGCAACAUAUAGGAAAAUGAAGCACACGAGUUGGGCUCAAAUUCGACUCUUUUACUCAACUCUGCAGACCCGUUUGAACUCGGAUYGUGGGAUUCUGUGACGUCUGCAGAUGUYGAGAAAACGAAUUCCGUUUUUAGUAAAACACAAUUAAGCAGAUUAUUGCGUUCGAUAUAGUAGYUGUAUAUAGUAGUUGUAUAUAGCAGUAGAUUAAAAAGACGACGUUCUUUGCUUGAGGCGAUGCGCAUURACGCGUCGGUGAGGCGAGGUCAACCGUCUGASCCUUCCGGCGAAUCRCGUCGCUGCAGCGCGACGGUUCCCUGGAAGUGAGGACCAUCUGAAAGCUCUCGAGCAAAACGGCCUUUAUGUUCUGUACAAAGCAAAUAUUUUCUUAUGUUGUAUCAUUUAA